AUGAACAAAUUUCUGAUAUUUUUACUCAAGAAAUUUAUAUCUUUCGAUAUAUAUGGGCACCAAAUUAAACUACUUUACAAGGGAAGAAAUACUAAAAAUACAUUAUUAGGUGCAUUUUUCAGUUUCCUCACAUUCGCUCUUAUCAUUCUGUACUUUGGACAGCAGCUCUAAGAUCUAUUUGACAAUAAAAACACGGUUAAAGCUCUUACAUACGACAUAGUUACAAAUAAGCUGUUUAAGAAAAUUUCGAAUAACAGUUUGGACUUGGCCGUCUCAAUUAACCGAUACGAUAGCUACCUGAAAACUGUGAUAGAUGAAUAAGUUUUUUCUCUCGAGGUAGUUAAUUUCGUUGACAAUGAUGAUCGAGUGAAUUUCUAGUAAAUUCAACUUAAUUUGGAGAAAUGCUCUUCUUCAAGGUUUUUUAACGAAUUUGAAUUUCAAAACAUAUUAGAAGUAAAUAAAUAAAAUGGCUACGAGACUUAUUGCUUGGACUUUGAGAAAGACUUUAUAGUCUCUUAGAAAUCAAAAGCAUCUUUAGUAUUCUAUGUAACUGCCUGCAACGAUACAUUAUUACAACAAAAAUAUCCUAGUAUGGAAUGUGAAAAGAAUAAGACUAUAAUCAACUAAAUUCUCAAGGAAACUCAAAUAGAGAUGAUUAGGACCAACAUGCAGUUUGAUAAAGAAGACAAUACAGUAUACCCAAUUAUCACACUAGUUAAGGAUGAGUAUUUUGAUUUGCAAUCAACAGAGGAGACAGUUAUUGUAGAUUAUGAAAUUUAAGAAAAUCAUGUUAAGGGCUCAUCUUCAAGGAUCCACGAAUCAUUGUAUGAGUUUAAGCAUGAUUACUUCUCUACGAUAGGGAAAUAACAAUAUAAAACUGCAAUUACAAAUGAUGCAUUCAUCUAGUUCACCUUUUAUUUGAGUGAUGAAGAAAAAAGCUUUGAGAUAAUACCUAUUAAUUUCCUUUAAGUACUUUCUAAUGUUGGAGGAUUGGUAUAAAUAGUCACAGUGUUGGUUACUUUCAUGAUUGGGCCACUGCAGGAGUUUUUCUUUUUCCAGAGUCUAAUUAAGAAAAUAUUCUUAACUCAGAAGCACAAUGAAAAAGAGAAGAUCGGUGAUAAGUAGGAGAAGAAAAAGAGUUAUAACUUGGAAAGUGCUUAGCCUAGAAAUUACUUAAGAAUGGUUCUGGAGUUAAGAAGUCGAUAUAGAUUCUAUUAUAACAACAGGGAAGCAUUUAAUGAUAAGUUCUUUUUCUUAUGUAAUUUGAAGAAGAAAAAUCAAAGGCUCAGAAAACAGUUAUUUGAUCAUGGUGAGGAAAAGAUUAGAAGCAGUCUUGAUGUUGUAAAAAUCAUCAAGAAUAUGAGAGAAUUAAAAAUGGUCUCACAUCUAAUUUUACUUAAAUUUCAAAGAAGUUUGCUGCCUUACUUGCAAAAGUACUUAAUAGAAUCCAGCUUUUAAAGAAUGCAAGAGAAUAUUAAAAAGCGUUAAAGUGUAUUCAAAGAAGAAGAGACUGAUAGAACUGCAUCAAGAAGAUAAGAAGAAGUUAUGGACUCUCUAACCGCUAUUAUGUUAGAACUAUUCGCAGAUAGCAAGUAGCCCUAAAAUAUUUAUAAUCAGAUUCUGAUUGACAAUAUAUUUAUACCCGAUGCUCGCAAAUAGAAUUCAGUAAUUUCAGAAUUUAAAGAAAAGAAAAUGAAUUUCAAGAUAUAUGAUGAAUUUCAUUUAAGUGAAAACUUAAAUUUCAAAACAGACCAGAACUUUUUCACACCUGAUGAAUCGUAUCAGCUUGUUGGAGAUGAAUCUGAUAAGCAGAAUUUAAAAGUAAUAUAGAAAGGGAAUCUUAAGUAAUAAGAUAUCGAUCAGGAAUUCUAUAGAGAGUGGGAAUGA